GAUUUAAGAAAGAGAGAAAUACCAACUCAGUUACUUUGUUCUUCCUUCUCCAUUACCAAUCCAAUCAAUCAAACAUCUUUCUUUCUUCCAUGGCUAAUAAUAAUAAGUUUGAAGAUGAAGAAGGCAUCAAAUACGAAGAGGAAUUCGUUCUGAAUUCAAGAGGAAUGAAGCUUUUCACUUGCAGAUGGGUUCCAACAACAACAUCAAAUACAGAAUCAAAAGGUUUGAUUUUUCUUUGCCAUGGUUAUGGAAUGGAUACAAGCGUAAGCAUGAAGGGAACAGGAAAGAGGCUUGCGAAAGCAGGGUAUGAAGUUCAUGGAAUGGAUUAUGAAGGACAUGGAAAAUCAUCUGGUCUUCAAGGAUAUAUACCUAGCUUUGAUGCCCUUGUUAAUGACUGCUCUCGUCAUUACAAAUCCAUCGCAGAUAGAAAAGAAAACUUGAAGAAGAUGAGAAUAUUACUUGGAGAAUCCAUGGGAGGAGCUGUUGAGUUGCUUUUGCAUAGAAUUAUGCCCAACUUUUGGGAUGCCGCCGUUUUAGUUGCUCCCAUGUGUAAGAUUGCAGAUGACAUGAAACCAAAUCCAUUUGUAAUCAAAGUGUUGACCAUAUUAUGUAACAUAAUUCCGACAUGGAAGAUUACUCCAAUUCCAGAUAUUAUCGAUAUUGCCUUUAGAAAUCCAGAAAUCCGAAAAGAGGUUCGAUCAAACCCUAAUUGCUACAAAGGCCGGCCACGUUUGUUAACGGGAAAUCAACUCUUAAAUGUCAGUUUAGAUCUUGAGAAGAGACUUAACGAGGUUUCACUACCGUUUCUAGUUGUACAUGGAGAUGCUGACAAAGUAACGGACCCAGCGAUAAGCAAGCUAUUGUAUGAGUCCGCUAGCAGCACCGACAAGACAUUCAAGUUGUAUCCGGGAAUGUGGCACGACUUAAUCUACGGUGAAUUGCCUGAAAACAUUGACAUUGUCUUCUCCGAUGUCAUUGCAUGGCUCGACGAUAGAGUUGUCGCAGAAAACGAAAGGAUGGAAAGGGAACAAAAGCUGGCUAAUGAUGAAGUUUACAUCAAAUAAGCUGCAAACUCCAUCCAAAGAGUGAUUUGAUUAUAUCUUUGUGUUAUGGUUUUUACUUGUUUUGUGGUGAAAGUGAAUUGAUUUGCAAUUAAUUAACUUGUGUAUUAAG